AUGGCCGACAACGUCGACGCGGCGACGAGCCACGACGCGGAGAUGGCCGCGGCGCUCGCGGCCCAGGACCGCGCGCGCGCGGCCGAGGAGGACGAGGUGCGCGCGCCAGACGACGAUGCGACGCAGCCGCCGCCGGCGGCAGGCGCGUUCGACGACGACGACGGCGGCGCCGCGGCCGCGCCGUCGUCCCUGGAGACCAUGUUCAGCCCGCCGACGCGCCUCAUGCACCCCGGCGACUUCCAGGCCGCGCGGGCCCAGGGCAAGACCGAGGGCAAGUGGCUCCUCGUCGUCAUCACGAACGAGCAGGUCUUCGGCUGCCACCAGAUGAACCGCGACGUCUGGGCCGACGAGAUGGUGCAGGCCGUCGUCGAGGCGUCCUUCAUCCUCUGGCUCCGGCCCCACACGGACCCCGCGGCCGUCACGUACGCGGACCGCUACGACAAGGACCGCGCGAUCCCCCAGGUCCUCGAGGUGCCCGGCGCGGCGGCGCCGGACGGCGACGCGCCGCCGCCGCCGCCGCCGCACCAGAUCUGCGCCCACCCCAAGCACCCGCACCUCGCCGUCGUCGACCCGCGCACGGGCGGGCGCCUCUGGAUGCACGAGGGCGUCGUCGACCGCGACCGGCUCGUCGAGCUCCUCGGCGACGUCGUCGAGCGCCACGACCUCGAGGCUCAGCCCGUCGACCCGAGCCACCGCUCGCC